AAAAAACAGAAACGGAAGAAAAUAAUCAUUCUAGGCAUCCAAUUUUCCAGGAAACCCCGAGAGAGGGGAAGAAGAAACUGACGAAGACGAAGACGAACCCUUGAAAAUUCGCUCUUCACAAUUUCCGAAUCAAACCAAUCUAAUUUCGCGUCGAGCAUCCGAUUCUCCGUUGCUCGAAACCUCUUGAUCUAUCUAUUUUUUUUGUGCGAUGCAUUGAGCCGUGAAAAGAGAGAUGUUUUGUCGAAACGUCUCGGUGAGGCGGAAGAAGAAAUCUGGUUCGGUUCCGGUUUAUCUGAAUGUUUACGAUCUUACCCCAAUGAAUGUUUAUGGUUACUGGCUCGGAAUUGGGAUCUAUCACUCUGGUCUUGAAGUUCAUGGGGUUGAAUAUGGAUACGGGGCACACGAGCAUUCGAGCUCGGGAAUCUUUGAAGUUGAGCCAAAGAAGUGUCCUGGUUUCACAUUCAGGAAAUCGAUUCUUGUGGGUGAAACAGAGAUGAGGGCUAAAGAAGUUAGAACCUUUAUGGAGAAAUUAUCAGAAGAGUAUCAGGGAAACAAGUACCAUCUCAUUACAAGGAACUGCAACCAUUUCUGCAACCAUGUUUGUUUGAAACUAACUCAAAACUCAAUCCCUAGUUGGGUCAACCGUCUUGCUCGCUUAGGUUUCCUCUGCAACUGUGUGUUGCCGGCUUGCUUGAACGAGGCUAAAGUGAAGCGGGUAGGAAAAGACGGGAAGCUCUUGGAAGGAGAAAGUAAGAAGAAGAGAAAGAAGAAGAAAGCGAGAAGCCGAUCAGGUCCUUUAUCUUCGUCUUCUUCAAAUUCAAGAUUAGAUAAUAAUCCUACACAUAACAGAUCAAAAUCAACGGGUAAUCCUCCUCUUUCUUCUUCUCCAUCUUGUCCAAUGAGACCUCGAGUUCUUUGUGUUGCAUCUGGAGCUCAAGAUCAGAAGCCUCCAAGCGUAAGCGUCAAGACGUGAUUAAUUUUCAUUGUUUAAAAGCUGCUAAUUAUACAUGUUUAUGAAUGCGAGGGUGGUGCUUGUGCUUUGUUCUCAAGUUAUAUUAAUAUCCUCCAUUUUUAAUCCGUUUGGUUUUAAUUUACGUAUAGGACAAAUCAUGAAUAUCUGUAAAUACUAAAUAGAGUGAAUUCAACAUUUGUAUUUUGUUUGUUAUGUAUUGAUGUAAAGUUUUGAAAAUUGUACCAAUUAAUUGUUUGAA